AUGUCAACCGGCUAUCUGCAACAAAAGGAGGAGGAUAGUGAACCACUUCAAGACAAGGAGCAGUUCCAGAGUUUGGUAGGAGCUUUGUUGUAUAUAGCCUUCAAUACAAGACCUGAUGUGGCUAUUGCAACCUCUAUUCUUGGAAGACGUGUAUCGAAGCCUACUAAAGCCGACUGGAAUGAAGGUAAAAGAGUUUUGCGUUAUCUCAAGGGGACAAUCGACCUUGAACUACAUUUGGGAGGCACAGAGCAAUUCGAACUUGAAGCCUUUGCCGAUGCAGAUUGGGCAGGAGAAGUCGGUGACCGAAAGUCAAAUUCCGGUUACAUUUUCAAGCUGUGCGGUGGACUUAUCAACUGGGAAUGCAGUAAACAGACUGGAGUUUCAUUGUCAAGUACUGAAGCGGAAUACAUCGCCCUUGCUGAAUGUCUUCAAGAACUACAGUGGAUUCGCAAAUUCAUAAACGACCUUGGCGAAAAACUGAAGCUGCCGAUAAAGGUGAAUGAAGACAAUCAGAGUUGUAUUACUCUCUCCGUUGCUGAUAGGAACACCCGCAGGUCGAAACACAAUGACACGAAGUCUAUUUCGUAA